UGUAUCCCCCCAUAUGAGGAGUACGUGUCUGGACUCAUUCAUUGCAUAUGAAUCCAAAAUGAGCGCAACUAAAAAGGAAUACAAGUCUUGUCUUUCAAGAAGUAGAUCAUUAUACUGUAAGGUAUGUCACGUUGCAUGCUUGAGUAAUGAGAGCCUUCAUUUGCACUACGAGGGAACAAAGCACAAAUUGAUGGAAGAAAACUCUUAUGGCCAUAAAAUGGGGGAUAAGUGGAAUUAUUGUUCUUUGGAAGAUUUCAUUAACAGUCCUAAACGAAAAGAACCAUUAGUUGGUUUACAGUAUACUGUACAAUUACAAACAUAUAUAGGACAUAGUGAAGCAUUUAUGUGUAUUAUAUGUAAAAGAAAAGGGCCACUCUAUUUCAUCAUGAGACAUCUAACAUCAACCAGUCACAGAUUGUGUUACUUUGAAAAACUUUAUGAUCAUUUGUUUCCUUUAUUUGAUAAAAACACACCUUAUUAUGAGAGGCAUUUGAUCGUCCGAGAGCAUGCCAAGGAAAUUGAACAUCAGGGUUUUUGGAAAUGCAAUGCUAGAACGAAGAGGAAAUUGAAUUACUGCUAUGAUAAAGCAUUAAAUUUGAUUGCACAAAAGGAGUCUGUUCUAAAGUAUAUGGAAACGUUUAAGUUGGCAUCACAAGAAGAAGCUGGUUUGUUACUGAAUCUUAAAGAGGACAUAAAGGCAGCUGUUCAAGUGUUUGUUCAGAACUCCAAAGGAAAUCGGGAUACAUCUCCUUUAGCUGAACAAUUUAAUGUCUGUAGGAUUAAAAUAAGUACAUCAACUUCAGGUUCUCAAAGACACUCCACCACAGAAGAUUCAUCAACUCCAGCUGUUAAAUCAGAUGAUGUUUUUGCAACAGAUAAGAUUGCCAAACAUUCCACAAAAGCUACUAAAGAAGUCCCUGCCAAAUCUGGUUUGGAGUACCAGAAUAAAAUUAGUUUUGAUUUUAAAAAGGAAAAAUGGGAUUCUUUGCUCAAAAAUGAAAAGUGUGACCAAACCCCAACCACUUCUUUCUCACCUGACACAAAAGGGGCAUCCCUUUUUAGUAACUCACCUUUAAACAUUACUAAGGCAAACACUUUGAAAAAGUCAUCUACAGAGUCUCAGUCUUCCUACACUUUAUUUUCUCAAAGUGAUGCUGAGAAAGAACAUCAACUUCAUGCUGCUAUCAAAAACCUUUUAUCAAUGAGCAAAGUGAAAUCAGAAUAUGCUGACAGUAGCGCAGAUAUACAAAAUGGAGGAAGAGGUAACUCACAGGCUGCCCCAAACUCAACCCUAGAUUUGAAAACAAAUGUCACUCCUGUAAAAAUAACACUGAGUAGUACUGAAGUGUCACAAACAUCAGCACAUUCAAUUAUUAGUCCAGUCCAGCAGAAUGACCGAAAUACACCCUUUUGUAAUCCAGUUUUGAAAACCUUUGAACUUAACCAUUCAGAUGAUGAUGAAACCCUUCCUCGGCACCCUGAUGUAUAUAGCAAACAUAUGAAAACAGAUGAUGGACCUCUGCCGUCUUCAGCUGAGAAUAUCAACCAUGAGAAGGCUUCACAGUCCAAACAACUUACCCCAGAGAUGCUACAUUUUUUCAAAGGAAAGGAUGUUAACACGGUUGUUGAGAUUUUAACGUAUCUCACUACUUUUUACCCAGCACUCAAGCAGGUGAAUCUUGAAAUAUUUGCAAGAAUACUCAGUGAAGUUGGAAACUUAGAUUGAUCCCAUGAGAUGCACCAAUAAUGUUACUGGAAGAAGACGUGUGCAUAUAUUCUGAAAACAUUUUAAGCAAAGAG